GAAGAGCGUGCAGAAGGGUCCGGCGCCCGGCUGAGACCGUGACCGUUCGCCCCAGCUUCAAUGGAAACCAGAAGGAACACCACAGCAGGGGUCCCGAUCUGGACCCCGGCCCCAGUCCGCACCUCGCCCACCAGCACAGAAGCUUCCGACGACAUCUGGGAGGAGGAAGAGGAGGAGGAGGAGGAUAAUGACGACUUUGAAAGCCAGAUGGAUGACAACGGCAUCAUUGGACUGGAGACGGUGGAGAUGAGAGAAGCUCUCUCUGAUGUGGAUGUGGACGGUAAUAAUAUCGAAGCUGGCUUCAAAUCUCAGUCUGAAGACGAGGACGUGAGGCAGAGGACGAAGCAGCUGGACAUGACAGAGGAGGAGGAGGAGGAAGAGAUCGAAACCAGUGGUACUUACAAAGAUGAGCAAUUCUGCACUUCCGGAGAUCUCGGAGCUCCAGAGCGUGAUGCGAGGAUCGGCCUGACCCGGUCGUGUAGCGUCGUCCUGCCGGAUGUGGAGCCUGCAGGUGUCCCAGAACACCAGCUGUCUCAGUCCGUCCCUGCUUUGACGCACCUGCUGCAUUUCACCGCGGAAGAAUUCGCUUCCGCCCCGGGAAUAGAUGCUGAAACGUUUCCAGAAAUCAGCCUCCUAGAAAGUCUUCCUGACUCUCACAGCAGCCAUAAAAGCUCCAGAUCCUGCCGUCCCCGCCCAGAGCCAACGCCCAGGGCUUCUCCGCAGCCAGCUGCAAUGUUUUCUGAGCGAGUUGCUUCAAAUCGGGACAGCGAAGGCAGCAAAGGUCCUGGAAAAAGACCGGGAAACUCCAGUAGGCUUUACCAGCCGCCUCCUCUCACUGCCUCACCAAGAACCAUGAAGACUUUCCACACCUCCACAGCCAGGACAGAGUCCGUCAAGUCCAGGCGGCACGCAGGCAGGUGUUCAGAGGAAGUGGAUCCGUCCAGGAAAAGGAAUGUGGCUCGCCACAAUCCAGACCUGUCCAGGGUCGAGGCCAAGGUUCACUUCCCCAAAGCCGGGUACAAGCCCCCGAAGAGCCGGCUCCCCAAGAGGAAGGACUCCCUCGCUCCGGAGGCGCCGCUGGUCUUCAAAUCUCCUGCUGACAUCGUGAAAGAAGUUCUGCUGAACACCGCUGACGAGCCGGCCGCUCCAGCGGGCAGCGUCGCCGUCUCCACCACGCCUCAGGACUUCAGGAGCCGCCAGCAGGCCACCUCGCUGCUCCAGCAGCUCCAGUCCCUCCGUCUGCAGGACGACUACAACAGACUGCUGACCAAGUACGCCGCUGCGGAGAACACCAUCGAUCGUCUCCGUUUGGAGGCCAAGGUGAGCCUGUACUCUGACCCGCCGAGCGCCGGCCGCUGUGUGCCGUCCGGACUGAACCACGACGCGCUGAAGCUCAUCCAGCUGGAGUUUCCUCAGUCCAGCAGAGCCCAGAUCGACUCGGCGUCUCCUGACGGACGCAGCACUCCUCAGGCUCCCUCACACACCUCAUCUCUCCCGUGUCGACCAGGAGGUUCGGCUCCCUCCACCUCCCAGCAGCUCGCCGCCGUGCUCUUCAGCCAGGCCGACAGGUUCCUCCAGCAGCUGCAGACUUUGGAGAAUCUCCUCCGGAGUGGAAAACUCAAGCCUCUUGAAGAAGUCACGAGUCUCUCCCACCUCGCAGAGGGGCUGGACUCCCUGGAAAGAGGCUACCUGUUAGCAAGAGACGAGCACAGACUCCUGCAGCAGCCAGGAGCAGAGCUGAGCCGCUUCGACCCUGAACGGGAGCUGGAGGGCCUGAUCUUCCAGUGCGGCCUGCAUUUAGACGAGAUGAAGGAGCGGGUGGAGCAGAAGCUCCGGGAGGAGCCGGUCUGCGAGGCUCCUCCUCCUCCUCCUCCUCCUGAACCGGCACAUUCAGCUGAGUGGAGAGGAACCCCGACCCCCCCACAGACUUUACUGGUACCUUCUGUGGACGGUCCCGGUGAGGCAGCUGAGGGGGAGUCCAGCGCCGGCGGCGAAGAGAGCGACGAAGAGGAGGCACGGCGUGAAGAACCGUCCAGUUCGUUCUGCCUCAAACCUCCGGAAGACACAGACAGACGACGUCUCACUGCAUGUUUUCCCUCGUGUCUGUCCAGGAACCAGAGCUUCAGGGAACUUCCCAGACUCCUCGUGCACGGCCUGAGGGAGCGAGUUCCUUUACAAAGAGACUUCCAGCCUGGAGACGAGGAAAGACAAGGACAGAGAAGCAAGGACGUCCAGAGCACUGUCCCUCAGAGGACCAGCAAACCGCACAGAGGAAGUCCUGCAGAGAGCUCGGCCCUCAGCCGGCCCUCCACGCCACCCCGGCCCGGAGCUCAGCCCGGCGGCAGCAGCAGCAGCAGCAGCAGCAGGAGGAGGCUGGAGCAGGGCGGAGCGCACAGCAGCAGCCUGAGCAGCCUGGGAGACGGGGCUGCAUCGGAGAGGAGGAGGAGCUCCAAGACCGCAGCCGGGACCCGGAGACCGCUCCCCCAGGACGGGAUUAUUUCUCCGGAGACGGACAGCGGCUUCAUCGGCUCGGAGAGCGGUCGUCCGACUGGCGCUGCAGCUCAGAGUCCCGUCCAGCAGAGGGCGCCAGAGAGCGCUCCACAGCCCGCCGCCGCCCGCCGCUUCGGCGUCCAGCCGCCCAGGAGGAGCGUGCAGGGACCCCGGCGGCGCUCUGACAUCUCGCCGCAGCGCUGGACUCAGCGGACCGGGGUCAACACUCACGGCGAGUCUGACGGCGAGCGGAGCGAGCCGUACACACCGUCCGCCGACUCCCUCCACACCUCCCACAUCAGCUCCUCCUCCUCCUCCUCGUCUCCAGCUGCACGCCGUCGCCAUGGCGACUCACUGAGCUCCCCUCAGGUGGCGCACUGCAACGCCGCCAUCCAGACGCUGCAGGCUGAAGUGUCCCGGCUGAGGGAGCGGCUGGAGAGCGAACUGAGGAGCCGGCAGCAGCCGGGCCCUCCGGCUGAGCCCCGCUCCUCCCGUCACAGCACGCCGGCGCCCACGCCGCGCAUCAGGUCUGCAGAGCAGCAGGGGAGGACAGAGACGCCGACGCUGGACGAAGUGGACGAGUCUCCUCUGAGACCGACGGCCAGGAGGAAGUCUGCACUUAAACAUGGCGUCUUGACCAGAUCGGACCUGAGGUCGACCUCGGUUCAGUCUCAGACUCCGCAGACGCCUCACGUGUCCAGAUACACUCAGACUCCGGCGGCGCCAGACGCCCUCUGCUCGCAUGUUAAAUCCUGCUCAGCCGUCCCUCUGCAGCGGCUGACGUUCUCUUCUCUGUCCUGUCUGUACUCUCACGGCCAGAUGGUGGCGACAGAGAGCCCGGCCGCGCCGCCGCUCCCUGUCCUCUCUGUGAAGGCCCUGAGCUGCAGCGGCGUCCUGAGCCAGGUCAGGGAUCAGAAGCUGCUGUACUGCCGCAGACACUCGCGCUCGGCCGUCCGCCAGCCCAGCCGAUCCCCCGAGAAGGCGGCGAGGACCGCGGCGCCCCCUGCGCCGCUGCUCUGGCAGCCGGCGUGUCCGCAUCAGCUGCUGCUCUGCUCGUCGCCGCUCUACCUGACCCCUCCCGACAGCAGCUCCGGCGCACCGCCGGGGGUCAGAGGUCGCGUGGAGGCCAGGGCCAGGGCGAGGCGCUCCCCGUCCGUGGACGACUCCCUGGACCGAGCCAUCCGGGCGGCUCGGCACAUGAAGCAGACGUCCAGGCACAUGGCCCGCUGUCUGUCCGCAGGCCUGCAGCACCAGGAGCUGCUGGCUCAGUCCUGCGGCUCCUAG